AAUUCUUCGACAUUUCAUGUGUGCUUAUCGAUAAUUAACAAAGUCCUAUCGCUCAAUAACAACCUUGAUUGUCAUCUCUUUUGUUUUGUUUACUUUUUUUGUUUAGCAAUGGGUGGCAAAAGUUACUACUGCGAUUAUUGUUGCUGUUUCAUGAAAAACGACUUGAACGUACGAAAACUUCACAAUAAUGGCAUUGCCCACACAAUUGCAAGGGCCAAUUAUAUGCGGAGAUUCGACGAUCCCAAAAGGAUUCUGGAAGCGGAGCGCCUGAAAAAGCCAUGUAAACGAUAUUUUAAUGGAUACUGCAAGUUCGAGCUGUAUUGCAACUAUUGUCAUUACAGUGAGAAGGAAUUAAUGGAGUUGCAAAAAAUAGUUAUUAAGCAAAAGAAGUCAGCUAUCCGUAAAAAGAAAAAUAAAGCCAAGAAAUGGCCCUGGAAAUCGCAUCCUCAGACGGGACCAUUGCCUCCAUCGCUGCAGCCCAUGAAUUUGGCCAAGCUCAAGGAAACCAAUUUUGACUUAAACUGGGGUGAAUUAACUGCGCCGAGAAAUCCAUAAUAUGUAUUUACAAUUAAAUGAAACAAUUUUAAUGUCAAGAA